UUCCUUGUAUCCAACCAACUAUAUAUCUCCAACACCCUCGAGCCCAAUUCUUCCAAGCACUUCUCGCCACAGACCAUCCAAGCCGCGCCCAACAUGCAAUCUGUCCUUGUAGCUGCUAGCCUCCUCUGUCUCUCUCUCCUCCAGGGUGGCCUUGCCGCUCCUACUCCUCUUCCGACCGACCAAGAAUUCUCGAAACAAGCCGAGCCAAACGUGUCUUUAGACAAACGUCAACUAAUGAGCUAUCCCGGUUUUGCCAAUACUUUUUACAAUCCUUACUUUGGUAAUCGGUUUUACUCUGGCAGUUCUUCCGGGUUCAAUUCGCAAAGCUACUCGGAUUCCGUUUCCACCUAUUCGCCUUGGGGAUCCUAUAAUUACCUCAGUCGAGGAAAUCAGAUGAAUUCCUAUUCGAACAACUUCAGUGGCCUCUAUGCGAAGGACGCCGAUCACACCAAGCCCACCAACGCUUCGUAAUCGAUUAUAUCUUCACCACUAGCAUUCUUAUAUAGUUCCACUUCUCAAGUCUAAUCUACCUCCACUCAAUGAUCAAUUAA